AUGGCGGACGAGGACGACGGGGGCGUGAACCGCGUCUGGCUUCGCGGCUUUCUUCGCGGCGUCGACUGCCGACCGCUGCAGUUUAGGGACGCGCUUGGAACGACGCUGGUGUGCAACCUGUGCGGACUGGUCGCCCGCCGAACGGCCUCGCUCCCGUGCUCGCACGUCUUUUGCGAGCACUGCUUGGACCACUGCAGCGACGGUGCCUCCGACAACGACAGGCGGUGCAUUCUCGACCGGGAUGUCUUCGAUCUCGGCACUGUAGUAUGGAGCGACACCCGGCCGAUUGACGUCGUCAAGGCCAAGGUGAGAUGUUGGAACGCGAGGUACGGGUGCGACUUCACUGGCCCACUGCGAGGUCUGCUGGAUCACUUCGAGCAGGACUGCUCUUUCCACGCGGUCACUUGCCCGCGCUGUCAGGGCACGCAACUGCGCUCGAAGCUGGCGGACCAUUACCGCGGUGGAUGCGUGGCGCCUCCCACCUCCACCACCAGGCGGAGCCACCAACUUGCAAGCGACAGCGCUCCUGGCGGUGGACGACACGCUGUGCCACAUGCUCCCAUACAAGACACUCUUGCGGCGUUCGAGUCUAAGAUGAACGAGCUACUGGAACACACGCGAGCACUGGGCACCCGCACGUCGCUUCUUCAGGCUGACAUGAGCAACGCCAGGGAGGUUCUGGCGAGGCUGGUCCCCGAAGCUGCGACCGGAGAAGGCGUCGGCCUGUUGCGUGGCAGUUCUUCCGUCGAUACCUCGGCAGCUCGGGCGAACCGAGUAACGGCCUCCGGACGCGAAGCCACCUCUGCUACGAGCGCGAGGCCUCGACCAUUGUCUUGUUUCUCCAUGCUUCGCAAACGUAAGUGCACCUUGAGCGUCGCGUUUAGAAAAGGCGACGCCGUAGACUCUGCCGAUGCCGCGCUGUCGUCGCCGCUGGACCCGGAGGUGUGGACGACCCGAUGCGAGACUCCAGACGGCACGUGUAACGCCAAGCUGGUCCUGAUGGAGGAGAACUCCGCCCUGAGUGUCUACGGGGCCGCCGACCAGUGCGUAGACAUGUUGAACCCUUGGGUCCUGCGUUCGGCGUCACUGGCGAGACCGCGUAAGCUGUUCCCGCUGGGAGGUGGUCAGCUGCUGACACCUACGUGGGUGGUGUCGCGUCAGAGCCGGGCCUCUUUGCUCGACGAAGGAUUCGACAGGUUCCGGUCGUACCCGUUCGAAGAACUGUGCGGGCGUGGGUUCUUUUCCGACAGGGACGAGGAGGUCGUGGUCCUGACCGUCAAGUUGGUGCGCAAGUUUGACAUGUUUUAAGGCGACACCUAAAGAAGUUGAGCAGUGUGCCGUGGAAUUUCACUUUGCCUCGGUCCAUUUAAGUUCAGUCAUCAAGCUUUUUUUUUGUUGUUGUUUCCUAGUAUGCAAAAACUGGCGUUGUCGUGUGUUGUAUGCAUUGCAAUCCCGGGUUGCUGAGGCUUUGGAUUGGCAUCUUUCUCGGAGAACUAAGACAUCGCGAAGACGCGUCCAACUAACAGCGUUGCUUCCUUUACAAUGCUUUAUUUUUUAUUAACACAGUCAUGGAAAAUCAUGUGUUUUUCUUUGAUAUUGCUACGUAGUAAUAUUAUCUAAAGAACUUUUUUAAUAAACACUGUGUACUCGUG